CAAACGUUUGGAUUUAGCCACUUCUGCCGCGAAGUGAAUCGUAGUUCAAAGUAGUCUUCAAACUGAUCGCUACCGACUCGAUGUUGUUGCCCGUAGCGAAGCUCGCUGGAGAGAUCGAGAAACGGACGCGUACAACAACGCGUUGUUUGCACGUUGCACGUUGGGUAAUGACGUCUUUUAUCAGCUGACAACAAGCACUUCGAUGAUUUGAAGUUGAAAGUUUUCAGCAGCAAGGACUUGUCGUUCUUGUUUGCAGUGAAAGAUGUUAGGUCUACUGGACGCUUUCUUGUAUUUGGUGGCAGCUGUGGUGUCCUGUGCUGUACUCGGUCUGUUUUUUCGUGGACGCGGGACGCCAAAGCGCGGCGAGGAGAGCAGGGAAAAUGCUACGCCCACAGAAGCAAGUCGUGGUCAGAGUAGAGUGAAGCAACGCAGCCAGCAAGUGCUUCAAAUCAGUCGUCAAGUAUGGAGACGAAUGCCAUCAGCGCAGACAUGGCUGUACGGCACGGACAUCCCAGGCCGCAAGAGAGUGAAGAAGCGCCAGCACUUCAUCAAUCUUGCCAAGGCAAUAUUGCGCCUGAAGGAUCCGAACAGUCCCCCGAAGGAGCUGAAGAAGGGCCCACCGCCAUCGUUUCUGGAAGCGGACUGGGCAGAGACCCAGUCCAUGCUUCCACCGGAAGUGUUCUAUAUGUUAAAGAGUGUACGAGUGUUUGGGCAUUUUGAGAAGCCCCUAUUCUUGGAGCUCUGCAAGCAUCUGGAGACCUGCUUCCUCCCCGCCGGUGCAACUUUGUUCCGUGUAGGACAGUUGGAUGACAGUAUCUAUGUUGUGCAGAGUGGCAAGCUACAUGUUGUCAUCACCGACCCAGAGACUGGUCAAGAAGAAGUGGUGAAGGAAGUAUCAGCUGGCCACAGUGUGUACAGCUUGCUGAGCAUACUUGACUGCAUUACGGGUCACUCAGCCAAGUAUUGUAACAUCAGUGCGCGCAGUGUGCAGAAUACCACUGUCUUGAGGCUACCUGCCAAGGCAUUUGAGAUAGUUUUCUCGAAGUACCCUGAUUCACUUGUGCGAGUCGUUCAGAUCAUCAUGGUUCGGCUGCAACGGGUUGCUUUCCUGUCGCUCAGCAGCUUUUUCGGCCUUGGAGCUGAGCUCAUCAAGGUCAACCCUAAUCUGAGGGCCCAUUCUGAUCUGAAGAUCUACACUCUGGAUGUGAAUAAAGAACCGUCGUCCACUGCAGAGUCAGCAUCAGAAGAGCCUAGACCAGGUGAUUUCUCCUUCAUGUCCAAUGCACCCACAUCUGAUCCAAUUCCAGUUGUGCAGAAGCCGUGCCGUUAUUGUCUGCGUCUUGGGUGUAGUGGUAAUUGCAGUCACUUUGAGGAGCCUGCCACCGGCACGGAUGCUCAGCUUCUCUCCGAUCACUCAUCACCUCAUUCACCUCCAUCGAAGCCUUCACCGGUCACGGCAACUACCUCUCCAGUGGAUGUGUCAUCGGCUGACUUCAAGGUGGCGUGUGCCAAAGCAGGUCUGGAGCGACCGCAGUUCUUUCUCGGUUCUUCGGACGAUGAGGAGGGCCCGGCACUGUACAACAUGUCACAGCGUUUCGCUCUGCAAGAGCUGGCGAGCGGUGCUGCUGCUGCUGGUGCCUCUGCUGGUUCUGCUGCUAGUGGUGGUGGUGGUGACGGCGGUAGCUUAUCCAAUGAUGAGUAUGAGGCACUGGAUGACGAGGAUGUGGGCGCACACGACAUUCCUAACUCUCAGCUGAUGGAGUACGGCUCUGAGGACAUGGCCUCCCUGUUCGGACUACAGGAUACAUCUGUGUUGAAGGGUCGCUUACGCCUGAGACACUUAGACGCCGGCGAAGUGAUCAUUGAGGCUGAUGCUCUGGAAUGUGAUCUAUACUUUGUACUGACCGGUUGCUUGCAAUCACGUUCUGCCAACGACAAUGAGAAGGAGUCGCUGUACGAAUCCCUACCGGGCUACUUUGUCGGCACGCUAUGCGUGCUGACGGGUGAGCGCAGUCUGGCAACCGUGUCAGCAAAGUGUGCCUCCAGCGUGUUGUCGAUCAGCAAGACACACUUCUACAGUCUACUACGCCUACGCCCACAGGUGGUGCUCAGCAUAGCAUCAGAUCUGCUGAAGGAGAUGUCACCCUUCCUCCGUCAGAUGGACUACGCCCUGGAUUGGGAGUUGGUGGAGGCUGGACGUGCUGUCUAUAGACAAGGUGAUGUAGCAGACAGUCUGUACAUCGUUCUGACCGGUCGUCUGAGAUCCGUUGUCAAGCACAAAGCUGAUCACAAAGAGUUGGUAGGAGAGUAUGGGCGUGGUGACACUGUUGGUGUGGCGGAGGUACUAACUGGUGCUGAGUAUGGAACAACGGUCCACGCUGUCAGAGAUACAGAGAUAGCUGUAAUUCCUCGUGGACUGCUGAACUACAUCAAGCGGCAAUACCCCCAGGUGGUGAGUGUGUUGAUUCACUGGUUGGGACAGCGUGUUAUCGGCUCAUACCGACGCAGUGGUGGUGUGUCCUAUCGGAAGGGCAAGGGCCCCGUGCAGUCCACUAAUCUGGCUAACAUUGCUGUUAUCCCGGCAUCCAAAGACGUGCCACUCUCCAACUUCACCACUGAACUUUGCCGAGCGCUCAAGUACAUCGGUCCUGUGCUGCGUCUCACUAGCAACAUUGUGGAGGAGAGGCUUGGCUCAGCUGCCUUAGAUACAGUACACGAGUACCGGCUACUCAGCUGGCUGAGUCAGCAAGAGGACGUACACCGUAUUGUCCUGUAUCAGACAGACAAGAUCAUGUCCAUGUGGACACAGCGCUGCAUACGACAGGCUGACUGCAUUCUCAUUGUCGGUCUUGGAAGUGAAGAGGACCCUGGCGUGGGAGAGCUGGAAGCUGAGCUGGAUAAGAUGUCGGUGCGUGCACAGAAGGAGCUAGUUCUGCUUCACCGUCCGAACACAGUGGCACCGGAAAACACGGUUGAGUGGUUGGUCAAUCGUGGCUGGUGCUCUGCUCACCAUCAUAUACGAUGUCCAGACAGUGUGUUUGAAGAGGGCAUCAUGACGGAAAAGGAGCGUGAGAAAUACGCGCAGAUGGCCUCCCAUGACAGGAAAAGUGACUUUGCUCGUCUUGCGCGUCGUCUUACGGGAACAUCCAUUGCCUUGGUGCUCGGUGGUGGUGGAGCUCGAGGAUGUGCUCAACCUGGUGUGAUGAAGGCCUUAGAAGAGGCGGGUGUGCCGUUUGACAUGGUUGGCGGCACAAGCAUAGGCUCUCUGAUGGGCGCUGUGUACUGUGAAGAGAGGAACGCCGAUGCACUCUGGUCACGCUCUAGAGAGUGGGCCUUGGACUUUGGGGUCCUGUGGAGAAAGGUGGUGGAUAUCACUUGGCCGACCAUGUCUCUACUGUCAGGCAAGAGUAUCAAUAACUCGAUCAAGUGGCUAUUGAAGGAGAAGCAGAUUGAGGAUCUCUGGUUACCGUACUUUGCUGUGACGACAGACAUCUCGGAGCAGAGCAUGAAGACGCAUCACUCUGGCAGUCUUUGGCGUUAUGUGCGAGCAAGCAUGACAUUGACUGGUUACUACCCUCCCAUGUGUGAUCCGGUUGACGGACAUCUUCUUGUUGACGGCGGGUACACUAACAACCUGCCUACCGAUGUCAUGCGUGCGCUGGGAGCAGAGACAGUGAUCGCCAUCGAUGUGGGCUCCAAGGACGAGAAGAACCUCACAAACUACGGUGACACUCUUUCUGGAUGGUAUCUUCUCUGGAAAAAGCUGUGGCCAUGGUCACCACCAGUGAAAAUUCCUGACAUGGCCGAGGUUCAGUCUCGCUUGGCGUACGUGUCCUGUGUACGCCAGCUUGAGCAGGCCAAGACCAGCGAGUACGUCGUUUACCUUCGACCUCCGAUUGACAAGUAUGGUCUUCUAUCCUUCUUGCAGUUUGACGACAUUGCGACAACCGGCCUAGAGUACGGUCGUUCCGUUGUGGAGGAAUGGAGACGAGAUGGAACUCUGCACUCCUUGCUACCUCAGGGGCAGGAGCUGCCCCGAAACAGCACCACUCGUCACAGCACCACUCGUCAGUUGGCCAAGAGGAACUCCACAAUAACUGGCUGGAGGCCUAAACCACCGAGUGUGAACAAUUCCUUCACGAACUUGGCGGAGCUGGCAUCACGCAUUGACCCACCGGAGUGCUCCAAGUCAACGUCCAGCAUGCGCCACAGCAGAUCCGCCAGUACCUUCUUCAGUACGUCCGACCCGGGCCGCUUUGGCAGCAGUCGCUACAAGCAGAUCUUCCCGAAGGAGCUGCUCGGCUAUUCGUCCGACGUGUCCGACGAGGAGGGGGCGUUGACUGCUGAUGACCUGUCAACCGUACAGCACGCGGUGCGCUUCAGCCGCAGCAUGCAUCCGGCUGCCUCAGCGGCGUCCGGCAAGACUCAUCAUGCCAGACGCCCUGCUGCAAAUGGUGAUUAUUAUGAAGAAGAGGAGGGAGAGAACGAUGAGGAGGCGCUAUCCACACCCGGCUCACCCACCGAGUCUCCGCCAUCUCAUCACCGAGUUGCUUUUGCCGCGUCGGUGGAGGAACACGUUUUGCCUUGAUUGGGUUCCGACUAGAUGAGACGUUACACCGCUCCGCUAUACAACCAAACAGACAUCCUUCCGGUUGACUGUUAUUUCAUAAUUUACUUUUGAACUGUUCACUCACGAGUAUUUGUAUUUCUGCCGUGUAUCUAUCUAGCUAGCACAGAGACAGAGAGACAGUGCGUGUGUGAGAAAGAGAGGCCGACCUAAUAAUAAUCAUGACAUCUAACCUAAUAUGGAGAGCAACAUUCACAAAAAAGCAAAUUAUUACUGUUGAGGAGAAGCUGCUUCUUUGGCUGCUGCUACAAAUCUUCAUAUUCGGAUUUUACAGAUUCUGCCAUUUUUAAAUUGAUACUGAUUGGCGACCGAUAGCGCGUCGCGUUUUAACCUGUAUGCCACUUCCACGGUAGACCUGCAGAGCUAGCCGUGUGAGCGCAGUCCUUUGGAUCCCGCUGGCGCUUGGUUUAGUCGUUACUGAGUGUGUUGUGUUCUUAGCCGUGUAUAAUUAGACACCAUUGAUUUCUUACUACUGUUUAGGUUCAUGCCAGCUUCUUGUAUGUUUUAUGUGUCACUCACCAUGUCUGGAAUUUUUGCGGUUUCCGUGCCAACGAGAAAUCUAGUUUUUCACCAAAAUUAAAGAUUAUGUUACAAUACUAGUGCUCUGAAUCGCCUGUUGCUGCUUUGUAUGUCUGCGUUCUUGUUGAUAUUUCACUGUUAGCCAUUCAUCCUUCCUAAAAAAAAAAAAGGCUUGCCCACCCA